UUUUUAAAAAUAGUGUUAGUGUCGGCUAACAUCAUACGAAUAAUAUAUGUGAUCACGCGUCAAUUUGGCAGAAACGGUAUUAGUUGCAACAGAAAAAAAGCGAUUGAAGAAGAGAAAUAUGCGUAGCGUUCGUGACAAAUGUCUACCAACGAUUCACACGACUUUGAAAAAAAUGGGGUGGAACAAACAGGAAGAAUAGCGAGAGAGAACAACAUAUGGUUGACAUUUGCAUGUGGUAGAUAAGAGAACAUAUGUGAGGCAAAUAUAUUGCGAACGAAAGAAUCCCAUCGACGGUGUUUUUAUCGCAAUCGAAAGUAAUAUAUAAAGCAAAUUAUGUGUGGACUUGCAUAAGUGAUUUCGUUUGUCAUCUGAAGAUUGUUAUUGUCAUUGUCACGUUAAGAGUAUGUCUGCCAAUAUGUUAACAGAGCAGAACGUAAUUAUGGAAUUUACUGACUCCAGUGAUACAGUACCGAUUGGUUUUAUCACCACCGAUGAUGGUCAUACACUUUUCGCAAUGGGUGAACAUGAAGAUGGUACAUGGGAAAUCAUGACGACCCCUAUUACAUUAAUGCCACAAAAUAAUAUAAUGUCUUCAGCACUGAUAAAAACUGUAGAUGGAAACUUUGUAUUACAUUCGCCUAUUUUUCAAUUAAAUGUAGAAGGUUCAUCAGGAACUGUAAUGCAACAAGUAAACCUACUUCCAAUACAACAGAAUGCGUCUAUGAUUACGGAGCAAUUGAAAGUAGUACAGAAUGUAAAUGAAUGUGCAAUUACAGAGCCUUUGUCUAUCAGAGAAGAUAGCAGCAUAUUACUAAAUAAAGAGGAGAAUUGUAAGAGGCAAACAGAGGGGCAAACAACAAUUGACAAUUAUCUUAAAAAUAAAUCUAUAUCUACAGCUGUACAUAAAAAGUCUCCAGGGAGACCAAAAAAGACUGAGAAUACACAAUCUUUGAAAUGUGAUAUAUGUGGACAAGAAUUUACUAAACAAAUGUUAUACCGUAGACAUAUGGAAAAUCAUGCCGAAGAAAAACCGCACAGAUGCCCAAAGUGCCCAGCAUCUUUUAAUAUUCCUACAAAUUUCACGCUUCAUAUGGCAACGCAUAAUAUCGGCGACCCGAAAUGUCCCGAAUGUGGUAGGAAAUACACUAGAAUGGCGAGUCUCAAAUCUCAUAUGCUGCUACAUGUGAAGGAGGAGAAUCUUUUCUGCACGGAAUGUGAAGACGCCUUUUCAACAAAAGCUCAACUGGAUGCGCAUUUGAAGCUUCAUGGAGAAAAGUGGGCAAAUGAGGAUGUUGGUGUACGAAAGUGUAAAUUAUGCAACAAGCAAUUCACGCAACCAGCUCUCUACCGAAUGCACAUUCGCGAACAUUAUAGGCUACAGACGAAGAUAGUAAAGCAAACUAAGAGAGGAACGAAACAUAAAACAAUGUAUAAAUGUACCAUAUGUUUGAAGAAUUUUCAAAAACCGAGCCAAUUGAUGCGACAUAUCAGAGUGCAUACUGGAGAGAAACCAUUUAAGUGCACCCUUUGCACCAAGGCAUUCACGCAAAAAAGUUCGCUACAAAUUCACGCGCGGCAACACAACGGUAUCCGACCGCACAGCUGCAGCCUCUGCAGUGCCAAAUUUGGCCAGAAAGGAAACCUAAAAGCACAUAUACUCAGAGUACAUAAUGCGCCAGAAGGUGAGCCCACGUACGCCUGCUCUUAUUGCUCUUGCAUUUUCAAGAAGCUGGGCAGUUUAAACGGCCACAUAAAGCGAGUACAUUCUAAUCCAGAGGAGGAAUCUGCCGAUAAAUCCUCGGCAGUUAAUUCUGCUAUCUCUUCGGAAGCUGACAUGCGUGCGACAGUUGAUAGCGUUAUAUCGCAGUUGGCGUCUUUGGAAGCCGUCGUAAAUAAUACCGCAGAUUCCGGGACGCUGAAUGCAGAGCAGAACGAUAUCCUUCAACAGGCGUUGAAAAAUAGUGGUUUGCCGAAUAAGAAUGAAGUUGUUUCGAAAGAAAUCGCAGAACCGAAAAAGACGGAUUCACCAACAACGUAUGUCACAUUGUUGGACAAGACUGCUGGCAAUACUUCAAGGAAAUACCAUGCCAUAAAACAACGCUGCAUAGGAAACGUACGGUGGUAUGUAUGUUCGUUUUGCCCGAAAGAAUUCAAAAAACCAUCUGACUUAAUACGACAUUUGCGAGUGCACACGCAGGAAAAGCCCUUCAAGUGUAUGUAUUGCGUGCGUUCCUUCGCGCUAAAAUCGACAAUGAUAGCGCACGAGCGAACUCAUACCGGAGUAAAGAAAUAUGCUUGCACCUCCUGCAACAAAACCUUCGCUUGUCAUAGUAGUCUUACUUCUCACACAAGAUUACAUAUGAAACCACAUAAAUGCAGUAUCUGCAGUAAAUUAUUCAACUCCAGCAUCAUCCUGAAAAAUCAUAUGAAAUGUCAUAUGCGCGAGAAACCCAAAAUAUCUCCAGAGGCAGAAAGUCUAGUAUCGCAAGUAGUACUACAGGAACCACUUGUUAUCAGUGAUGCCGGUAACAAGAUUAGCUUUGCCCAAGUGCAGUCGAAGCAAAAGCAAUUGUACGAGAAUGCCGGCGCGACCAGGCCACAUGAGUGUUGGGUCUGUCAUGCUGCAUUUAGAAAAGUCAGCCAUUUGAAGCAACAUCAUCGUAGACACACGGGCGAACGUCCUUACAAAUGCUCUAAAUGCGACAGGAGAUUUACAUCAAACAGUGUCCUGAAAUCUCAUUUGCAUACGCACGAUGAUGCGAGGCCAUACAGUUGUUCAAUAUGCAAUACAAAAUUCUCCACACAAAGCAGCAUGAAGAGACAUUUGGUCACACAUAGCAACAAAAGGCCAUUUAUGUGUCCAUAUUGUCAUAAAACGUUUAAGACGUACGUCAAUUGUCGAAAACACAUAAAAAGACACAAGCAUGAACUGGUGCAACGGCAAUUGGAGGAACAAAAGACGCAAGAGCAGAAGGAACAACAGCCUUUGAGAGAAAAUAAAGAGGCUGGCUCGGCAGCUCUACCGGAAAUUACUCUUGCCGAAGAUAUGGAAGUAUCGUUUCAACCGCAAAUGGCGCCAGAUUUCACGCAGGCCUUUUCUGAUCAAUUUCAAAAUAUCAAUGCAGAAAAGGAUAAGUCCUUCUUAUUGACAAAUAACACGACAGCGGUAACAAACCAAAAUUUAUCUGUUGACACAACUAAUUUAGGAACUUCGCAAACUUUACAUGCCGAUGAAACUGGCACUAUUACGUUGUCUCAUUACUCUGGGGAUCAAACUCUCACAGCGGAAAGCAUACGAGAGAUCGAGGAGACACUGAAUCAACAGCUGUUUAAUAUUGACAUGAAUCUUGGACUGGCAAACAAUCUACCAAAGCAGAUAGACGAGACGAAUACGAGUUCUCUCAAUUCCAGAGAACAGCCAGUGCUCAAUAUAAUUUAUGAACAUAACAAAAAUCUAGAUUCAUCUGGCAAUACUAUAUUCACGUCGCAAUUCGAUUCAUUUGAUAUGAGCCAGAUUACAUUACAGACGGACAGUGAGAUGGACAUUGGUUUGAAUCCGACCAACACGACGAGCAUGUCUGAUAUUUUGUCGAAAUCCAUAGAAGGAGGCAAUAAACAGCGAGAAGAACAACGAGCUAUUCCAGUUACUACAGUUGAUAGUAUAGACCCUUCUGCAAUUACGAAGAACGCUCAUUUGAUGGUAAUAAAUCCUAAGGAUAAUUGUUCGGAAUUAGUAAAUCUUUCGCAAGUAUGUCCAUCGAAAUAUUCAAAAGUUAUUGCGAAAACGGAUACUACAAACGGUUUGCUCGAAAUGCAAAGCACGACUGAACCUGAAAGAAUGCCACAGAAAAGUAAUGUUAUAUCAUGUGAGAGUGAACGAAAUUCUUUAUUCAUGAAGAACUUCCAAAGUCCAAUGCAGCCGGAGACACUCAUUUCUUCUGGAACGAAUAGGUCGGCCAAAAUAUCAGAAUACAAUAAUUUGUUAGAAUGCCACAUAUGCCAUCGUAAUGAUUUCACGGCAGAAAGAUUAAAGGAACAUUUAGAAUCUCAUUGUGGUUCCAAACUGUACGAAUGUCCAAAGUGUUCUCAGCGAUUCCAUACGAAUGGUGGUCUCAGCAGACACACAAAAAGACUGCAUACAGAGCUGAAAUGUACAACUUGUAAGAAAGUAUUGGACAACAAAUCACAAUUGAAACAUCACAGCAAAAUGCAUAGCGGAGUUUUGAAAGUUGUACGCGUGGAAUCGAACGAGAAGGAAACGAUUUCCUCCAGUUCUCGUCUUCCGUCAAUAAUGACACUAGAUGUCCCAGUAAAUCCGGACUCGUCGGUAUCUGAGAAGGUAUUGAUGGACGCGGUUGCCGAGAGAAAAUCCAUGGAUCGCGUGGACGAAAACGCGGGGAAAAAAGAAACGAAAGAAUAUACGAAUAAAUGCAAGUACUGUCCAAAAACCUUCCGGAAGCCGAGUGAUCUUAUUAGGCAUAUUCGCACGCACACGGGCGAGCGACCGUACAAGUGCGAUCACUGCAGCAAGAGCUUUGCAGUUAAGUGUACUCUGGACUCGCAUAUGAAGGUUCACACGGGCAAGAAGACAUUCUGCUGUCAUGUUUGCAACAGCAUGUUUGCUACGAAGGGCAGUUUGAAGGUCCACAUGCGACUGCAUACAGGUUCGAAGCCAUUCAAGUGUCCCGUGUGCGACCUGCGAUUUCGCACUUCGGGUCAUAAAAAGGUGCAUAUGCAGAAGCAUGCGAGAGAACAUAAGGGCGGCGCGAAACGCAAGCCUAAACAUCAAAAGAUCGCGGCAGUGGCGGAAGCGGCGGCUAGCCUCGAAAGCAUCGGUAACGAUUCUCUGGACACAUCGAGGACGACGACGGAGACCAUGAUCAACAGCGGUGAAAUCGCGCCACCGCAGACUCUUGAUUAUUCCCCAUUGGAGCACACUGAAAUGAACCUUGGUGAUACGAAUCACCUGCCUAAUCAAAUCACGUUCAAUCAUACCGAUGCGACAACGACGAUUCUCAACAACAAUUCCAUGCUGUCAUUAAACGACAGCAAUGAACUGGUAGCGAACCUACAAUUUCUAUUAGCAAACGGUCUCGUUACCAUCCAAACAGACGAUACUAUGCUGACGACGCAGCCAGGAGCAAACGGCGUCGCCGAAGUGCCAACCAACAUGAUCGAAUUAGUCGGUACGAAUCCCUUCCAGGAAACUUGCACUUUAGGUGACGCCAAUCAUCAGAUAGUGAUAACCAGCCAAGUGCCAAGCGAGACGACUACCACGAAUGCGAACGAUACAGCAAUUAUUCAGAUGAACGAUUGCUUGCCACCUGUUUCCAUAGUACAUGUACAGAAUCAAGGUACAAACAUUAGUGGCGAGGCAUCCAAAACAAAGACGAGCGGUCAAUCAGCAACGAUAGCAUGUAAUAGUCGAGCGGUGACGACGGGAACAGCUAAAACCUCGACACAAUCGUCACGAAAGGAGUGCGACAUAUGCGGCAAGACGUUUACGAAGCCAUAUCAAAUGGAGCGGCACAAGCGUAUCCAUACAGGCGAACGGCCAUACAAGUGUGAACAAUGUGACAAGUCAUUCGCGCAAAAGUUUACGUUGCAGCUACACCAGAAGCAUCAUACCGGCGACCGACCGUAUCCUUGUCCGCACUGCAAGCAGUCGUUCACGCAGAAGUGCAAUUUGCAGACUCAUCUGAAACGCGUUCAUCAAUUGGUCACGCUCGACGUGAAGAAACUGAAAAACGGCCAGCAGAUGCUAGGUACACUUCUGCAGGAAAAUCAAGAAAUGGACGCCAAAUUGAUGAAUCUGGAUGACAUACUGGUGGUAGAUUUUCUCAAAUAAAUAGUUAAGAGAGAAGAAGUUUCUUUUUCAAAGAUACUCCUG